GGGAACUAUAAUGGUAAUGCUCUUUGAGUGUCUGGUUAGAAACGCGUCGCCUUUUCUGAUUGUAAUGUGGUUUCUACUCGACUAUGAUACCAGUCCGUUGACGCCAUUGCUUGGUCACGUGAUGGUCAAAGUGAGCCAAUCAUGCCUCAUGUUAAGGGCCACUUGGUGAACAUCAUGAGAGGAACGGAUAACACAUUCGAGAUAUUGGCCUAACGUAUGUAAAUCAACAUGCUGCUCUGGCUGGCAACUAAAUGCUUACACAGGAAGAUGUACAAUACCAAUAUGUCAGCCACCAUGUCAAAAUGGAGGUCGAUGUCUUCGGCCAGGCAGUUGCGUGUGCCCAACCGGCUACGCGGGGACCUACUGCCAGUACCAGGCCUACGUUAGAACAGGUUCAGGUUCUGCAAGCUCCAUCCAUACCAGUUCCUCGGGGUCCGUUAGACCUGGAACUGGUGGGUACAGUAGAAUAACCUCCAGUACAUCGACUAGACCACUCACUGGAACCAGUACUGCCACCUUCAGUAUCAGACCUGGGUCGUCCACAAGUUCAAGAACUUACAUUUCAAGGGUUAGGCCAGGAACCGCCACUACUGGAUCCAGGACUUAUGCUGUAACGUACACAACAGGGGGUCGAGGUAACGUAGUAUCCACCAACGGUCAGCGCCCCUACCAAUCAACGCACUUGUCUCCUUCAUCGUCAUCGUCGGGAUCAUCGUCGCAUUCGACGAGCGCUGUUGGUCUACCAUCUUCCCAAACCCUAGCGCGUUUCACCAUGAGGGGUCCGUGUUUCCGACGAGUGAGCUCCUCUCAUUGCAUGGCCCCUCUCAGCGAUAUGACUACCCUCCAUGAUGAUUGCUGCUCUACUGUCGGACAGGGAUGGGGUAAUGGAUGUUACGCAUGCCCACAGGUGUUAGGGCAAGAACUACAUUGUCCCAGCGGAUUCAAGAAAUCACCGGAUACAGGAAAUUGCAUUGAUGUGGAUGAAUGCAAUGCAUUUGACAACAUCUGUAUGCACGGCUCAUGUCUGAACUCACAAGGUAGCUACAGGUGUCGAUGUGAUCAGGGAUACAUGUCAGAUACGUCUGGAACGCAGUGUGUAGUUUCAGUGAAGCAGAUGUGUUACACCCGGGUGAUCAAUGGACAAUGUUACGGAGGCGGUGGAUCUCGGAUGCCUACUACACAGAUGCAGUGUUGCUGUAGCUUGGGAUCUGCAUGGGGUGCUGCCUGUGAACGAUGUCCACAACAAGGCUCGGCUGAGUUCCGUGCCAUGUGCCCACAAGGUACAGGGUACCAUUAUAAGCCCUCCAACGGAUAUAAUCACGUCAGUGCUAUCGUCAGUUCCGGGAAUCCUCGCCCCACGCAGAAUGUGGACCCAUGUGCCACAAACUCUCGGCUGUGCCUCAAUGGUCAGUGCAUUAAUUCUGGGAACGGGGCGUACAGGUGUGAAUGUAGCAGAGGGUUCCGUCUCAGCUCCAGAGGAAACCAGUGUAUUGAUGUGAAUGAAUGCAGCGAGUCCAGAGACAUCUGCAAUGGAGGACGAUGUCUGAACACCUAUGGCAGCUUCCAUUGUAUCUGUUCUAGGGGGCUGGUCCUGAGAGGAGGAGUAUGUGAAGACAUUGAUGAAUGUACAGUCAGGAAUGUGAAUCCAUGUGCAGAGUAUGUAUGUCAAAACACAUUAGGGAGCUAUCACUGCUUGAGAACUGAAUGUACCAAUGGUUACAGAUAUGAUAUAACACACCAAAGAUGUGUUGAUGUCAAUGAAUGUUCAGAUGCUAACGUAUGUGAGCAUGGGCGUUGCAUCAACAUAGAAGGCUCUUACCGCUGCUUGUGCCCUCAGGGAUUCACUUCCAAUCCUACAGAAACAGACUGCAUUGAUGUUGAUGAGUGUGGACAGACCAGAGACACACCUUUGUGUGGUGAAGAGGCCAUCUGUGUAAAUGAAGUGGGUGUUUACAGGUGUGUUUGCACUGGGGAUACUGUCUAUGACAGUGAAUCAAGAACCUGCCAGACCCCCGUAGAAGUACAGGGCGCACCAGAAAUUGUUGAAGUGGAUAGAAAGGAUUGCUAUGGCAGCAUCAGUGAUAUGAACUUUUGUUCCAAUCUGCUUGGUUCUAAUGUCACCCAACAAGAAUGUUGCUGCACCGUUGGGGCUGGGUGGGGUGAUGACUGUGACCUCAUUGUCUGCCCCUCACAAGGCACACUUGCAUACAAUGAGACAUGUCCAGUUGGGCAGGGUAAGCAUGUAAUUACACUGAGGAGACCAGUAGAAACCGUCAACGUACCCACCACUUACCCUGAAGCUGCUGCACAUCCAUCUGCAGGCCAAGAAGCUAGCAUCUUAGGCAUAAAUGAAUGUGAAAUCUUCCCAGAGCUUUGUGGUCCUGCAGCUUGUGUGGAUAAAGAAAUCCUGUAUGACUGUAAUUGUCCUGAGGGAUACAAGUUUGAUGAUGCAAGCAAGACUUGUAUAGUUCAUGACUCGUGCUUUGUGUACCAAGGAGUGUGUGGCAAUGCAUCUUGUGAAAACACAGAAAACAGCUACAACUGCAAGUGUCCUGGAAGUUAUGAAUUUGAUGCAAGCCUAAGAAGAUGCAUGUCGAUAGACCAUUGUGAAUCACCGGGUAUAUGUGGAAACGGUACAUGUACGAGCACAGAGAGAGGUCCAGUGUGUAGCUGUCCUGAAGGUCAUCGCUUUGUUCCAUCUCAAAGGUCAUGUGAAGUCCAGGAUUAUUGUAUUGUAUACAAUGGCGUCUGUGGGAAUGGUACAUGUGUGAACAGAGCUGAUGGGUAUGACUGUCGUUGCCCUGAAGGACAGCGCUUCAAUGAAAGGAGCAGUGCUUGUGAAGUGACCAAUUUCUGUGUAGUGCUAAGUGGUAUCUGUGGCAAUGGAACGUGCAUCCCAACUGAAAAUGGAUACACCUGUAGAUGCCCCAGUGGCUUCCAGUUCGACAGUGAUGGUGGCUUUUGUAAAGACAUUGACCUGUGUGUAGAUCAUUCUGCUCUAUGUGGUAAUGGUACUUGCGUGGAUCAGGGACAAAAUUUCAUCUGCAUCUGUCCUGAAGGAUUUCAAUUCUCCAAUACUAAAGUCUGCAUUGAUAUCAAUGAAUGUUCUACACCUACAUCUCAUUCGUGUGGCUUAGAAGCAUCAUGUAUCAACACACAUGGCAGUCAUCACUGUGCUUGCCCAGGUGGCUUUGAGUUCAAUCCAGCAUCAAGGACAUGUGAUGAUAUCAACGAGUGUAGACUAUUACCUGAUUUAUGUGGUAAUGCAACCUGUACCAAUACUGAUGGUAGUUACCAAUGCUCCUGUGCUUUUGGAUUCAUGUACAACCAAACACUCGGCAUGUGCAUAGAUACCAAUGAAUGUGCUGUAUACAGAAGUAUCUGCAGUAAUGGUACCUGUAUGAACACACAAGGUAGUUAUAGAUGUGUGUGUCCCAGAGGGUAUGAGUACAUCAGUGGAAAUGGCAAUGGAUGUUUAGACAUCAAUGAAUGUAGCUCUGUACCUGGGCUUUGCGGAGAUGCGACCUGUUUGAACAGAGAAGGUAGCUUCUUGUGCGGAUGUGACCCUGGUUACUACUUUGAAGAGCAAGAUAGGAUAUGUGUUGAUAUCAAUGAAUGUUUCCUAUCAGAAGAGAUAUGUGGUAAUGGUCAAUGUGAGAACAGUGUAGGGUCUUUCAGGUGUAUAUGUCCUGAUGGAGCAAACUUUGAUGAAGCCGGGAGACAGUGCACCGCAUUAGAGAGUCACACCACAUCUCGUGAUCCUGAGGCCAUAGAAGCAGAUAGAUGCACAUCUCUGUGUGGUAAUGCUACAUGUGCUACUGAUGCUAGUGGUCUGGUCUGUACUUGUCAGCCAGGAUACCAGUAUGAUACAGCCAGUAAAUCAUGUGUUGAUCUUGAUGAAUGUGAAAGGAGCCCUGAGAUAUGUGGGACUGCUACAUGCCAGAAUAGGAUAGGUGGUUAUACAUGUAUGUGUUCUGAGGGCUAUGUCUACAAGAGGAAGAAGAAGAUAUGUGGAGAUUUGAAUGAAUGCAAGAAGUAUCGUACGCUGUGUGCUAAUGGUAGAUGUGUGAACAAGAAAGGCACAUUUGUAUGCUUAUGCUCUCCUGGUCAGCAGUUCAGCUAUAAUAGUCGCAGAUGUGUGGCUGCAGCAAGUAUGACUGUGUGCAAUAGGAACCCAGGUAUCUGUGGGAAUGCAACGUGUUCAUCUGAAGGACAUAGUAUUCGCUGUUUGUGCCCAGCAGGAUACGACUAUGACGUGACCAUCAAAGCAUGCAACACAAUCGGUGAGUGUGACCAGCCCAAUAGAUGUGGAGAAGGAGCUCUGUGUGAGGAUACUGUGGCAGGCUAUAGAUGUGUGUGUACAGCCGGAUAUAUUUAUAACUACCAAGAUGGUGGCUGUAGAGAGAUUCCACAGCCCCCUCCAGAGGCAUCAGGUGGUGUGGGGUAUAGACCAGCCGUCACCCAGACAACCCCUCCUAAGAGGGGUCUAAACGAGUGCAAUUCUAGCCCCUGUAUUAAUGGGGUAUGCAUCGAUAGACCUGAUGGGUUUAUCUGCCAGUGUGUGGAAGGUUAUCAUCUCGUUGAUUCAGUUACAUGUGAAGAUACAAAUGAGUGUGAAAGUCCAGAUGCUCAAGACAUAUGCAUGUAUGGAAAUUGUGUGAAUGAACCACCAGGAUCUUUCACAUGUGAAUGCACCGAUGGAUUGACUCUUGACAGUACAGGCCGUAGAUGUAUUGAACUAAUUGGGCCUGUGUCAGGAGGAGGGAUAGAUGGGGGAAUCCCCCCGGAAGAGCCAUUAGGCCCAUGUUGGGGACAAUCAGAUCCAAACCAAGACAUCUGUAGUAAUGUAGUUUCACAAGAGAGCACCUAUCAGCAAUGUUGCUGCAACACUGGCUUAAGCUGGGGCAAGGAGUGUUACUCAUGUCCGCUUAGACAUAGUGAGGAAUACAGAAUGCUGUGUGUAGCUCUUUCAUUAUUCAAUAAUCAAGAUGGAAUUAUUAACCAACAAGCAGACCAACCAGUACCAGGCGUUCCUCGCUCAUAGUGCCUAGCCUUUGAUCAAACCCAUCAAAUGAUCUUCAUCAUUCAAAACCAGCGGACAAGUUUGCUGAUGUGCAUCUCACUGCUGACAGUCACAAAUGGAUUGGUCUUAGAGGAUUCCGGAAUUCAAAGUCGAGAUAACCUGUUACACAUUCAAAUUUUAGCCAACAUUACACUUCUUCUGUAUUUAUGAACUUUGCCUAUUCUUGUGUCACAGCAGUUAUGUGAUGUCUCGCACUACAUAUGGGCUGUAAACACAAAUCAUUGUUGCUAUAACUCAACUUAUUACAAUUACACAGUGGCUUUUAAUUGACACUAUUUGUGAGCAUGUACACUGCCUUUAUUUCACCGUCCAUCCUACCAUAAGUGUGCAAAAUCACUUGAUGUUCUGCAGAUAUUAAUAUCACUUGCUAAAAAAAAAGUUUUUCACUGCUUCAAAAAUGAUUAAAUGUGUGCCACAGCAUUCUCUCCAGCACCAUGUUGUGUGAUCUUUGUCAGGUUCAGGUAACUGCUUUUCACCCAUUUUCCUAUUGAACUUGGGGGGGGGGGGGGUUCGUGUAUUAGUGUUCUUCAAGAGCAUCUAUAACGUCAGAUGUUUUGGAUGAUAGGGUAGGGUGACCGUAUGUACUUAAUUAGUGUAUUGUACAAUGUAACUGAUCUUUCAUCUGUGUACUGUUGAAGGUGUGAAUUGAAUGGAACUGAUGCAAGAACACUACUGAUUGUGCUGUGUACUGAACUACAUCAGUUUUAAUUUAUAGAGUAGAGGUAAAUUAUAAACCCAUGUUACAUCAUUUAUCAACUAUUUGGGAACCUGUUCUUACUAAACUUAUGGUGUCUUGAUUUUUUAGAAUAAAAGUUUUUUUUUCCCCUCUGAACUUUAAGUUUGUAUUGUCAUAAAAAUGUUGAUGUUGUCCAAGGCUUUCCUUGGUAAUUUCAUGAUAAGAGUAAAUUAUGAAAAAUGAAAUCACCUCCAUCUUUAAUUCAAGUACAAUGUGAAUGUUUUAUGGUAUGCAUAAAGAGGAUAUGAUCUAGUGACUGUGAUUGGAUAUAGAACUGUGUAUAUAUGAAGUUAAAAUCUCAACCAAUAUUCUUCUUUAUUCUUACCAAGUGGUUUCACAGUCCAUUGUAUUAGAGAUUUAAUACAUGUUAAAACAUGCCAAUAAAAUUAACAACUGUGAGUCUGGUUAUCAUGGUACAAACAGAAAUAUGUAGAUUUUUGGUUGUUGAAUUCAACCAUGUAAUAUUAAUUUAUAGGAUGAGGAAUUUUAGCAUAUUUAUUUGUUCUUGUAAAAUAUUGUUAAAUAGUCAUUUAAUGUCAAGUGUAAUGUAUUUGUUAUUUCUAAGAAAUUGAAUGUUAUAAUAUUCUUUGUACAUGAUUCAUUUUAUUUUGUAACUACUAUCUAUUUCAUGUUAUGUUGGUAGAGAAUAAUUGAAGAGGGAUAUAUUUAUUGCACCACAUGAGACUAACAAAAAUACUAGAAAUGUUUAAUAGCAGUGUGAAAUUCCCCUCAACUACCCUUUUAUCUUUAUGAAAAUUAUAAAUGAACUAGACCAUUUAACACAAGCUGACAGAUCUAGAUAUGAAGAUUGCUCAAGUAUAUAAUCUAUUUUCAGAAUCUCUGUAAAUGUAUUUCAAAUCAUAUACUCUUAUUAUUCGAAAAAUUUCUGUCAAAUGUGCUUUAGAUUUUUUAGCACCUCCUUUUUUUUUUUUUACUAAAGAGCUGGAAGUAAUUUUGGUGUACAGUACAACCUUGUAUUUUAUCCAAAUGAGUAUGUGAUUUUAAAUUAUUUUUGACAUGUUGUACAAAACAUAUUUUAUACCAAUUCUUUUCCAAUGCAAAUGUUUUCCUUUUCAUAUUAUUUAAGGAAUUGUCCAGACAAAGUAUAGUUUAAAUAAAAAGGGAAAUCUUUUAAAAACUGUUUAAGGAUUGUAAUUUAAAUAGAAUAACUAACAAAUUGAACUUUUAACUACUUUCUAGCACUGAUCGAAUCAAAGAUUUUCUUUCAGACAGAAAUAACAGAUUAAUCUUAAAGCGAUAUGAAUAACAGGGCAUGUAUUGAAAGUAAUAAUAUUAAUUUUUAUCUCCAUGCUUUGGAACAUCCCUGUUUACAAGUCUGCUAAAGAAAAAACAAGCAUCAUUUAGAAGGUAAUGUUUUACUUUCAUUUAAUUUGAAAUGAAAAAUGUAUUAUUAUCCUCAAAAGGUCCAAGUAAUACACAUGUCAUCAUGUAACCUCGUGUACAGAGUGUCGGUAGCCUUCAAGAUGUUGACCUUGUAUUAGAUAGAUUAAAGCAAAGCCCAUAUUAACCUUCUUUGCAAUCUAAUGUAUUCUUCUUGACCUGUAUUUUUUGCUAAACCUAUUUCUUUCUUGCCAAAGCAUUAAAAAGUUAUGAAGUAGAGUCUUUGAAUAUUGUGAAUACUCUGUAAAUGUACUUGUUUUGUGAGGUAUAAAUAAAUGGCUGUGCAAGAGA